GACUCUUGGAAUCAUUCUUGAUUGCAUCAACACAAUUAGGAGCUGAGGAAAGAAACAAAUAGAAACAGGAAGCUGCACAAUAAACAAAAAACAGACCUAAAACUGAGAGACCAGACAGGAAGCCAUGUGUUUUUAUCAGAUUGUUGACAAACUGACCAGCCACUGGAAUCGCAAGAGAAAGAUAAACAGGUCAGAAAACUAUUUGCACUCAGUCUAGUGACAACAAGAACUUUUUGCACACAACAGCUUCAAGUCAUCAUGGGUAACACAGAAUCUGGCAUUGACAUCAUGGAUAUAGACACCAAGGGUGCAUCACCGGUGACUGCCAGUCAAGACAAAUUAACCGUAAAGGGGGUUGAAGCCUCUAAAAAACUGGCUGCAGCUGAUUUCGUCCGGAUGGAGAAAUACAAGUGUAAAAUCUUCAAAGUUGCCAAAGAAAAGGACGUGGACCCAGCUCUGAUUGCUGCCAUCAUAUCCAGAGAGUCCAGAGCCGGACACACUUUGUUGAAAGGAUGGGGCGACCACGGCAAUGGUUUUGGCCUCAUGCAGGUUGACAAGCGCUAUCACACUCCAGUAGGUGCAUGGGACAGUGAACAGCAUCUCACACAGGCUACGGAGAUACUCAUUGACUUCAUUAGGAAAAUUAAAGAAAAGUUUCCUAGAUGGUCCCUUGAGCAAUGUGUUAAAGGUGGAAUAGCAGCCUACAAUGCUGGUGUGAAUAAAGUGAAGUCAUAUGAGGACGUGGAUGAGGGCACCACAGGCCGUGAUUAUGCCAAUGAUGUUGUUGCCCGAGCCCAGUGGUUCAAAACUGUAAAAGACGGUUACUUGUUAUAAUCACCACUAUAUAUACCUUCAUUAACAUCAUUAUAAAUCAUAUUCCAUAUUUUCCAACACUGAUUGUUUUGACUCAUGAUUCUUGUUUUUUUUUUUUUUUUCUUGCUCUUUCUUGCUCUUCAGUGUUUGGACUCUCAAUAAUGACUUCAAACCACACUUGAAUGAGCUAAACUGAACUGAACUCAAACA